AUUAGACCAUAGAUUAGAUCAGAGGUUUGAUACCACAGCACCCGGUCGUCACACCUACAAAUUCAUAAACCUCGCCCAUUUCUACAAUGUAUCUUCUUAAAGUCAGAUUUUAAACCUAACCUUAAACCUAACCACUUAUAUGAAGACCCAAAAGCUCAUUUUUGUUUUCAUGAUUUUUUACGACAAUAGCCAAUUUUGACUUUGAGGCUGGCACCCCGACUCAAACUUUCUUCGCGGUCAUGUGUAUUCGGAAGUCAAGUCAAGUUUCAUUUUUAUUUUAUUUAACACGGCAAGUCAGUUAAGAUCAGAUUCUUAUUUUAAAUCACGGCCUAGGAACAGUGCAUUAACUGCCUGUUCAGGGGCAGAACGACAGAUUUGUACUUUGUCGAGGAUUUGAACUUGCAACCUUCCGGUUACUAGUCCAACGCGCUAACCACUGCCGCCCCAAAUCUCUCGCGCUUCCGGGGAGUUUCAAUGCUUGUCUCUCGUCGUUUAGCUCCAGUUUAACAAAAAACGUAGAUACCUCGGAAAGAAGUCCGUCGUGAGAAACAGUGGUUACGUCGCUACCUUACAGGAUCAAGCAAGGGCGAGCCAGUGCAUGGAAUAUGGAGUGUAUUCCACUUGCUGUUGAUGAUGUGGAUUGUAAAAAGGAGCCACUUCUAGGAGACCCAGAUUAUAAUGUCUACACCCGGUUUAUGAAGUCUCAUCGGUGCUAUGACUUGGUCCCUACCAGCUCCAAGUUGGUGGUGUUCGAUACUUCACUACAGGUAAAGAAGGCGUUUUUCGCUCUGGUGUCCAAUGGGGUGAGAGCAGCGCCACUCUGGGACAGUAAGAAGCAGUGUUUUGUAGGUAUGCUGACCAUCACAGACUUUAUCAACAUCCUCCAUCGCUACUACAAGUCUCCUUUGGUGCAGAUAUAUGAGCUGGAGGAGCACAAGAUAGAGACAUGGAGAGAAGUCUACCUUCAAGACUCCUUCAAGCCCCUCGUCAGCAUAUCCCCUAACGCAAGUCUGUAUGAUGCUGUAUCGUCUCUGCUGAAGAAUAAGAUCCACAGACUGCCUGUGGUCGACCCUCUGACAGGGAACACCCUAUACAUCCUCACGCACAAGAGGAUCCUGAAGUUCCUCAAGCUCUUUAUAUCGGAGAUGGCAAAACCUGCCUUCUUAGGCCAGACUCUAGAAGAGCUUGGCAUCGGAACAUUCCAUAAGAUUGCAGUGGUGCGUUCUGACACACCCCUCUACACAGCACUGGGAAUCUUUGUGGACCAGAGAGUGUCUGCCUUGCCUGUCGUCGAUGACAACGGACGAGUGGUGGACAUUUACUCCAAAUUUGAUGUCAUUAACCUAGCAGCAGAGAAGAUGUACAACAACCUGGAUGUGACUGUGACCAAAGCUUUACAGCACCGCUCUCAGUAUUUUGAGGGAGUGCUCACCUGCAACACACACGACACACUGGAGUCCAUCAUCAACAGACUGGUGGAGGCAGAGGUGCACAGGCUGGUGGUGGUUGAUGAGCAGGAGGUGGUGAAGGGCAUCGUCUCUCUCUCAGACAUCCUCCAGGCACUGGUUCUCACUAAUGAAGAAGCAGACUAAGGAACUGCUUGAGGGAGUGAUAAAGGAAAUAUUCCUCCAGAAGAUGAGGAAGGAUAGAGAAAAUGAGGAUCCUGAAAGAGGAGUGAUGCGAGAGAGGGAAAGAUAAGUCUUCUACAUCCCCUCAUGUACAAAUGUACAUCUACAGCACAGGAGGACAUCUCUUUCUCUCUGCAUACAAAUGUGAAGUCCCAUUGACUUUCUCAAUCCAGCAAUAUAGGCACGUGCAGUAACAAGGGACAUACAGGAACACUGUAAAUCAAGCCAAAACCCAAGCAACCAAAAAGACCCAAACAAGAAGCAGGACCAGACGUAGCCAAUGGAGUGGAGCUGUAUGUCCGUUCUGGGCAGUCCAACACAGCCUGGUGUCUCUCCUCUGUAAAUGCAGGUGGUGGACCUAUAUAGUACAGGAAUCAUGUGUAGUUAUAUGAAGGGGAUCAAUUUGCCACUUCUCAGACAAAUCCAUUCCCCACCUAUUCUUUCCCAUUUGGUCUGUAGAUACACUGGGGAGAGGAGUCAGUAACUUCCCACCCUGGCCCUAAACUGAGCAGCAUUCCUUUACCCAUCAUCCUUAUAGGUCUGGUAUCUCUAAAGCACAACUAGCCAGCCAAUCAUGGAUCGCAGGUUAAAGGAUGUCACAGUGUAACUUGAAGAUAUACAAAUCUGCAACGGCAACUCCGCUGCCUUGGUUACAGUAGGUGUGGAUUGUCGGAGAUGGAACUGCUGUAGAAUAUGUCAUUUUUGAGUUUUACUCAUUUAUAUAGUGAUGCACAACCAAUUAAUAUUUAUGUAAAUAUAACAAUGUUUUAUUUUGGUUAUUUCCGUUUCUAAAGUGCUCUUAAUUUCUUUGGGGGGGGUUUAGUCAGUGUGUCCUUGUUUGUCUUGACAUGCAUUCAGUUUGACUCUGAAGACCUGGAGAAAGUGCUCCACCGUGAACCAUAACAUAAGGCUGCUGUUAGGGCUUGCCUAGCCUUGUUCUUCAAAGUCAUUCUAGAGCUACAUGAGAAAUGAUUUAGCCUUUUUUAAGUUUUACUAAUUUCCCAAUCCCAACCAUAUUUCAUUAGACAGUUUUCAACAACAUGUAGUGUGAGUGUGGAUUGAUCAUGAUGGAUUCGUUCACAUUUGCUUGUGAGCCUUUUCUAGUCCUCCUUAUUGGAUGUUAAGUGCUUCUGAGCUAUCCAUCAUGAUUUUAUUGGGGGUAUAUCAGUGAAGCAUUAGACGUUAUCUUUUUGCUGUGUCUAUUCCAUUUUAUUUCAUCCUUGUUAUAGGAUUCAAUUUUAGCCUUUCAUUACUGCCACCAUUUUCUUUGUCCUUUUUACAUUCCGAGGGCAAACCAAUCUCGACCUAUGAAAAGGACUUCUUUGGGCCAUUGAGUCAGAACAUUUAACAUUUUACUUUUCAAAAUUGACUUUUGGUAUGAAUAAGAUGCGUACAAGUAUGUAAAUGCUGUCUUUUUUUCUACUACUCAUGUGAAGUUCUAAUUUAAUGCAUGAACAAUAAAUAUGAUUUCUCUUACA